AAAACUACAAUGGAAUGGUAAACCAAAAGGAGGCAGUAAAGCAUCUAAAACGAUGGCAACCGCCAUUAAACACCAUAGAAGAAGACGACGCUCUUUAGCACGUGAAAGCAGAAAGUUGUGACCGUUUAUGGUAGCUGAGUAUAAAGGUUUCUGGAAACAACGGCAUCGCUAACCUUCCCUAAGACUAUGUCUUGCUCUGGUGGUGACCCAAACUUCUGUCCUGAAUGUGGAAAUGUUCUUCCGCUUCCAGGAAAAUCCAACACUGUACGCUGCCCCCGCUGCUCCUUCUGCAUUCCGGUAACAGAAUUCUCUGGCCUGGAAGUCUGUUCAACUGUCGUCUUUAACACUGUGGAGCAGUCGUCAGUGGCUAUGGAGGAUGAUGAAGGCUCAGAGCUGAAGGGACCUGUGAUCGACAGACGCUGUAUUCGGUGCAAUAAAGAAGGGAUGAUUUAUCACACCAGGCAGAUGAGAUCUGCGGAUGAAGGACAGACAGUCUUUUUCACUUGUAUACAUUGCAGGUAUCAAGAGAAGGAAGACUCCUGAGAGAAACGUUGCAAGCAUCUGCAGGCAUAUCUUUACUAGAAUGAUUUUAGAUCUAAGUUACGUGGACCAGGUGAUGGCACAUGAGCUUGCUCUCUCCAGUGGAGAGAUUUUAUUUUGGGAAUCUCACUUCAGAGGAAAUGUCUCAGGAUUGUUGUAAACCACACUCAACUGUUAAGUUUUCAUUUAAGCAUCGUUCAUGAUUGCUGUUGUAAAGUACAGCUCAUAGCUGGAAAUAAAGUUAAAUUCUAAAAUCA